GUCGUCGGCGAUAAGAACCUGGCCAAAGUGCGCAAAGGAUGCGGGCGUAAAUGGGCCACUGGGGUAUUUCCGCCCAAUGCUGGCACGGGUCGCGAGUCGUGAGUAAGCGCUACGCCUCCUCUGGCCAAAACUUUGUGGGCGAUGCGACGGCGGUAUGACAGGUCCUAUGGUCUAGUUUUUGUCCCUUUUCUGGCCUUUUUUUUUGCUUUCACGCAAAAUACUCACCCAAUAGAAGAAGAAAAGAAAAAACACGGCAGCCUGAUAUCCCGGCACUUGCUGCUGCUGCGCCGCACACGAGACCAGUCUACCGCGAGUCGGCGAGUUCUAUUCUGGGAAUAGCCUCACCUUGGGAAGAGGGGCUGUGGCCACACCACUACCAACUAGUUUUUGGUGAAGGAGUGGAACGUGCGUAGCGGUGCGGAUCCGGCCUGCAGCGGCUCCGGUUUUUCUCACAAACAAGGCUGGGCGCCAUCCGCCCCAAAACCCACGAAAAGCCAACUCCUCAUCUCCAUCUCCAGAUCGGCCCCAAUCAAGGGAUAAACGAAGCAGAACGAGGCGCCAUGGCCAUGACAAUGACCCAGACGCAGACCCAGGCGACGACGGCCUUUGAUGCCGAGCUGGGCAAGAAGAGAGUCAAGCGAUAUGCUCCCAAACUCAGGACUGGAUGCAUGGUUUGCAGACAACGAAGAAUAAAAUGCGACGAAACAAAACCAGAAUGCCGCCGAUGCAUGAUCGGCAAUAGACCAUGCCAUUAUAGCCCUACACAACGAAAGAAGAAAUAUCCGCCUACACCGCCUCUUCCACCAAGCAGCGUCAAUAUCCUGCCUGCUCCUAUCCUCGCUCGCUCACCACCGUCUCUUCCUCAGUUCAACGGCACCUCCGAUGUCCGCGACCUUAUCUCACUCAUGCCCAUGGCCUCGCUGGGCGGCUUUGUCCAGCGCUCACCGUACGACUGGGCCGCGUGCAUGCGAAGCUACAGUCAGCGAAUGAACACCUACGUCUUUGAACUGCCCAUGCGAACGGGCUACCACCCUGUACUUGAUGGAGCUGUGAAAUGUGUGGCUGCGGCGUUGAAAUGCCGUUUAACAAAGGGCAUGGAGACCACGCCGUUUGGGUUGGAGACGCUACAGUUUUACGAGAGUGCGCUACAAACGCUCCAGAGAGCGCUGGAUGAUCCGGUAGAAUCCCUAGCCUCGCAUACGCUAUGUGCUACGCAGCUGCUAUUUUUGUUUGAGGCACUAGCCCAGGAUAUCAAGAACGCAUCUAUCUAUCAUGCAUCGGGGGCGUCUCGCCUAAUCCACCACCGCGGCGCCGAGAGAUUCGAGACGGCGUUUGACAAGGCUCUGCUGGUUGCCCAUGCGCCCGUGCUUAUUGCCGAGUGCUGUGGCACGGCUACGCACUGCUUCUUUGAGGCCCCGUCCUGGCAGCAGGUCUUUGAGGACUGCUUGGACCCCAACUCGGGCGUUCCUAUUACCGAUGAAUCUGUCAUUCGCAGUAUUGCCAUCCGAUGCUUGGCCCCAGGAGCUGAUGUUGACGCCACGAAUAUUAUCCUCAACGAGAGAGACGAUGUAGAGAAGCGUGCAGAGGUCUUGGCCAAUGUGUCCAAGUGCUUGGACGGUAUCUGGAACUGGCUGGAUAGAUAUGGAGCGUACUCAUUCAACCCGUUCCACGCUGACGGCACACCCGUGACGGAUAUCCUUCAGGGUGAGGACCGUUUGCCGGGUAAGCGUCUGGACAUGAUUGUGCUGCACGAUGCCAACAUCCUGUUUCUCAGCCGCAUGGCUGUUGGUCUCGGCCACCCGGAUGCCGUGACAGUGGAGCGACGAGCCCGUGAGCUUGCUGAGGGCAUGGUGUCGGGCUUCACAAAUGAGCAGGUAGCCGCUUACAAUGUACGCCCCAACGCUGCACAGGCGGCAUCUGUACUGCUUUGUUUAAGAGUGGGCAAGAUGUUCUUGCAAAACUCGAACACGUGGAUGGAAUUUGCAGCACGCAACGACCGUCUUGUGGCAGAGGGCAAGCCGCGUGAGCUGUGUGAGCCCGACCUGCUCAUGAGCUUCUUGUCGCCGCUGGGAUACUCGAACCCACGGGACCAGAAGCACAAGAUUCAAUAAAGGGGACGUUGUAAGUGAUGGUGGCGGUGGCAGUGACUCGAAGUCUGUAUGAUUUUCACGAAAUGUACCACGGCGUAUACACAUAGGAUUUCUCUUCUCUUUUUUUUCUCAGACGGCUUCUCCUUUCCAUCUUUUUUGCCUUUUUCUUUUUGUCGGUUCGUUUGAUCUGCAAGAACCUCUCUUGGCCGGAGCACCUCGUUUCUUUUUUUGUUUUGGUUUCUUCAUGCCCACGGGCAUAAAUGACACGUUAGUAGUCUUGGGCGAGCUGGACUGGGCUGGACUAUAGAAGUGGGCGGUUAUCAAUGUACACAUAUAGCUAUACACAUGUAAGCUAUUCCUAUAGAUAUACAUAUACACGGUAUAUAUGCAAACACACCUUUCCCAAA